GAAGUCUGAGGUCUUCUGCCAGUGUUCAGUUGGUGUUCUGUAGGAAUUGUUCCACAUGUAGAUGUAUUUUUGAUGUAUUUGUGGGGAGGAAGGUGAUCUCCACUUCUUACUCCUCUGCCAUUUUGAAGGUCCGCCCCUCAUUUCUUUUAAAUUUAAAACAUUUUCCUCCUUUUUUUUUGCCUUCUAGUUCUCUUAAGGAAUUAUCUGUUGUGUUUAUUCCCUCUUUUGUUCCUUUUAGUUUAGUCUUCAUUUUCAAAAUUUUUCUCUUAUUUCAAAAUUUUCAUGACUUUCAAUAAUUUCUGAAUUAUUCUAAUUUCUAUUUAUAUUGUUUUUCAUCUAUUGUGCCAUUUUCAUAAUGUCUUUUUGCUAUUUUUAAAAUAGAAUGUCACAAUUUUGAUGUAUUCUCAGCAUGCUUUCAUUGUCUAUAAGGUUGUUUGUUUUCUGCUCUAAUCUAAACUUCAUAGCUUUUCACUGUUUUUAUAUGAAAUUGGUUUUCCUGAACUUUUGGAAGGAGAUAUAGCUCAGGGUAGCUUUCACCCUCUUCUCUGGUUCUCAUAUUGUGUUAAAAAAUAUAGCAGCUUGCUUUCUAAGACUUGCUGCAUCCAUUUCCCUCUCCCACACUUAUUUGUGCCUUCUCUACUUUACAUAUUCUGUGCAAUUUUUAUUCCACUCCCAGCAGUUUCUCCUCUACGUGGGUCUGUCCUGGAAGGCAGCUGUGGUGUCUGUUUUGAGAAUUUUUAGGGGCCAGACUGCUCCAGAUCCUUCAAAUUUUAUUAUGUUCCCUUCACACCUACCAGCAACAAUUAUUGUCUAUGUUGGUGUUUCCUGUUCGCAUGUCCAUCAGCUGUCCUGCUGCUUCCCUCUGCUUAGUCCUGCACAGAUGAUGUAGGAAUUGUGGCAGUUGGUGGCUUGUCCUCAGCCACUUUGUUUGGAGUUUGUGGCUACAACCUGUCAUGUAGUGUGGUAACCAAUCUCUAAAAUGGCCUCAACAUUUCCUCUGCUCCCUAUACAUUCAUUCUGCUCUUCACAUCAAAAGAUAGAGACGAUUUCUCCUCCUGAAUCUGAGAUGGCCCUGUGGUUGAUUUGGCCAUUAGAAUAUGAAGACAGUGACAUUCAGGCAGCUCUUGGACUCCAGCCACCAUGUGAAAAGGCCAAGCCACAAGGAGAUGCCAUGGGAGGGAGAACUAAAGUGCUCAGAAUAACCGUUCUAGCUCCCCAGAAACAACCAUAUGAGAGCGAUAUUGAAUAUUCUGUUUCAUUGAGUCCCCAGAAGACUGCAGUCCUAGCUAUGAGAGAUAACAAAAUAGUUGUUGUUUUAAGAUAUAAAGUAGUGAAAUUUUUUUUUUUGCGGUAUGCGGGCCUCUCACUGUCGUGGCCUCUCCCAUUGCUGAGCACAGGCUCCAGACGCGCAGGCUCAGCGGCCAUGGCUCAUGGGCCCAGCCGCUCCGCGGCACGUGGGAUCUUCCCGGACUGGGACACGAACCCGUGUCCCCUGCAUCGGCAGGCGGACUCUCAACCACUGUGCCACCAGGGAAGCCCAGUGAAAUGGUUUUUAAGGCAGCAAUAGAACUAAAACAUUUAGUUUUGUUGUACAUGUUGUCCAUGGUUUUCAGUUUUGUUAUCUAGUUGCUCUGUCUGUUUUUAUGUGGGAAUUGGAGAGAUCCUAAAACAACAUCCUGUAAUACCCUUUGCCAAAACCUUCCCAGAAUCCGCUCUGACAUUAGAUUAUAAGUUUCUUCUAGGAUAGGCCUCAGUCAAGACCUAUGAAACCAACAGGAAAUGUAAUUCAGAACCAGAACAGAACAUAGGGAAUUUACAGCUUCCGCCUAUGAACUUUGGUCUGUUAAUCAACCCUGUAUGAAAAUAGACUCUCCUCUCUACAUUUUCUGCCCCAACCUCAUCGCAGUUCACAGUGAGAAAGUUAAAAACCCAUGAGUUAGAUGUUAGUUUCCUGGAUAAUGCCGGGCACCCCAAUUCUCCAGAACCAGGUUAGUAGGAGCAUCAAUUAAAAUUUCCAACAAUCGUAACUCUUUCAAAAGAAGUCAGAGUGAAUCACGUGGGUACUGCAGGCAAGCUAAUAGUCUGGCCCAUUUAAAAGCCACUCAUUCAUUCAUAGAACUGUUUAUUGAGUGUUUAUUAUGACCCAGGCACCUAGAUAUUAGGACAAUAUACACCAGGAAUUAAAGCAAACAUCCCCACUCUUGAGGAAGUUAAAUUCAGGUGGCUUAUGUUCUUUAAAUAUUUGUCCAGUGGUCUUUCUACUGUUACCUGAGCAUGCUCCUUGGGAGCUGCCCACCUCAUUUCCAACUCCCUACACAACUUUCAGCACACUCCCUGAAGAGUCCUGGUCAAUACCAUUUUAUUCAUUUCAUUACUUUUUCAGGAAUGGCAGAAAAUCCCUUGGAAAUUGGUUUCUCCAGAUGCUGCCCAACUAGUCUUUCUUUUAAUCCAAUACUGAUUUCAGAGUCACCAGCGUUAAAACCAAAAUGUGGCAGGCAGUUGAGGGGAGUCAUGAAGUGCUGGAUUUAAAUUAUUUUCAAUUAAAAAUGAAAGUUACUUAGGGAGGUGCUUUAACAUUUCCAAUCACCACAGAAUUCUGUAAGGGGCUACUUUGUUAGAUUAGUAAGAAUUUUGGACCUUUGUGUGUAUAGGAGGGUAGGGAGAUGAGAGGAAAAGGAGAUGAGUAAUGGAGGUUGUUAAAAGAUGAAAAGGGCAAGAAUGAAACCCAUCUUCUCAACACCAACAAUUUAGGCAAAUCUAGUAUUUUAGUAGGUUCUUCAUGUGCAACCUGGAAAUGUACAUUAACAGGAAACUUUCUACCUACUCCUUGACUCUCCUUUUCCCAUCCUUGUGUCUGCUGGGAUCUGCAAGUGGGUGGAAGACAUUGUCAUUGUUUAUAAUGCUCAUAAGCCUGCAUGGAUGUGAAUGACAUAUAUUUAGAAAUCAAAAUAAAGCUUUAGGAAGAUCUUCAAUUUAAUUGAAACUAGUCUAGUCAUUUGGGAACCACAAGAGCUUUUUAGGGAAAAUCUGCUUCUGUAAGCUGGAGGAAGUGUGGGUGUACUGGAGUCCCGGUCACACCUUGUGAUGUCAGUCACCCCCAGGCCGCAGCUGAUUGGCUGGGAAGAGCCGAAGCAGAGUUUAAAUUCCUGCACCAUCAGAGAAGUGUUCAGAACGUCAACACAAGAGUGGCUUCAUUGUCACAGAUUUCCUCUGUGAGAACAUCAGCCUGAUUGUUGAGACAUUUGGGGCCAAGUCUUUGUGAAACUGAAGAAGGUAGAGGUGACAUACCCAGCAAUGAGGACCAGCAUCCUGCUUAUGUUCUUGUGGGGAUUGUCCUGUGCUCUCCCAGUAGCCAGGUAUCAAAAUACUGAAUCUAAGAGUUCUGAAGAAUGGAAGGGUCUUUUGGCUCAGACACCAACACCACCUUUGGAGAGAAGUGAGUCAUCAGAAGAAAGUAAAGUUAGCUCAAAGGAACAGGUAAAUGAAGACCCCAGUGACAGCACUGAAUCAGAGGAGGGCCUGGGCCUUGAUGAUCCGCAAUACAUUCAUAGACCAGCUGGUGGCCUUUCUAGGAGCGGAGGAAAAGAAGGAGAUGAUAAAGAUGAUGAUGAAGACGAGAGUGGAGAUGACACCUUGGCGGAUGAUGACAAUGGCCCAGGACCCGAAGAGAGGCGAGGAGGGAACUCCAGACUCGGAAGCGGUGAGGACCCCACUGACAGCACACAGUCCGCGGAGGAGAGUGUCCCACGGGGGGAAGACAGUGCUCAAGACACCACCAGUGAGAGCAGGGACUUUGCCAGUGAGGACGAGGGGCACAGCAGGCCUGAGGGACGCGACUCCACUCCAGGCAGCGAGAGUGCAGAGCAGUGGGUGGGAGGCGACAGUGAGGGAGUCGGUAGCCACGGGGACGGCUCUGAGUUUGACGAUGAAGGAAUGCAGAGUGAGGACCCCAACACCUUCAGGAGCGAGAGAAGCAAUUCCAGAAUAAGCAGGGCCAGCAUCAAGUCAAAAGAUUCGAAAGGGAGCAAUGGGCAAGCAAGGACUCAGGCUUCCGGUGAAAGCCCGUCAGUGGGGUAUCCCAGUAGGAAAUUUUUCAGAACGUCUCGCAUCUCGGAGGAAGAUGGCAGAGGUGAGCUUCAUGAUAGCAACACCAUGGAAGAAAGCAAGAGUGACUCCCCAGAAUACCCCGACUCCAAAGAAGCUGGUCUCAGCCCAUCCAGGGAACACAGCGAGAGUGAAUCUCAACAAGAGAGCGAGGAGGGUCAGUCCCCAGAAGACAGUCAGGACGUCCAAGACCCCAGCAGCGAGUCCAGUGAAGAGGUUGACCUGCCUUCUCAAGAAAGCAGUAGUGAAUCUCAGGAAGAGGUCGUGCGUGAGUCCAGGGGUGACAACCCCAAUAACGUUACCAGUCACUCAGAAGAUCAGGACUCCAGUGACUCCAGUGAUGAGGACAGCUCGGAUAAACCCUCCAGUUCAGAGAGCAGAUCCAGAGAGGGCCAAACCGACAGCGAAUCCAGUGAGAGCCUCAGAUCCUCGGAGGAAAGCCCGGAGUCCACCGAAGAGGAGAACAGUUCCAGCCAGGAGGAGCCCUGGUCUCCCAGCGCCUCGUCAGAGAGCCAGAGCCGGGAAAGCCAGGAGGACAGCCCGUCUGAGGAGGAGCAGAGCAGCGAUUCUCAGGACAGCAGCAGAUCAAAAGAAGAGAGCGACUCAACUGAGAGCACAUCAAGCAGCGAGGAAGACAUCCAGUCCAGAAACACCGAGAUAGAAAGCAGAAGAUUGACAGUCGAUGCUUAUCACAACAAACCCAUCGGAGAUCAGGACGACAAUGACUGCCAAGACGGCUACUAGCAUGGGCGUUCCUGAGUGCCUCUCACAGACACGUGUCUUGGGGGUUGGAGACUAGGGAAAUCAUGAGAACUGUAAUUUAUUGAUGUUUGUAUCGGAAGAAUAACCAGAGAUCAUUCCUUUAUGAAAGGAAAUACUGGACAUUAUACUUCUUUCUAGGAUGUCACCAAACCAUAGAGGUUUCAAUAAUAGGGAAUUUCACUAGAAUACCCUCAAUGAGACCUGGUGCAAGGAAAGAUGUGCAUUAUAGCUUCACAGCUGAAAUAGUUCCUAACUCAUUAACCUAACACACAGUUACUGAGAUUCUGUGAGGUACCAGGCACUGUGCCAGGUGCUGGGGAUAUAAAGAAGUUAAGACUUAUUUCUUGCUCCUGAGGAGCUUAUGGAGGGAUAAAUAAAGCGAAAGAGGGAUACGUAGGACAGAAGCAAGAAUUACUACUAUCCAAUGAGGUGAGUCCUGUAACACAGGUGUGCACAGAACACAUGGGAGCACAGAGCGGGGACCAACUUUGCCUUAGAGAAUCGGAGAAGGCUUCACAGCAGAAAAGACACUGGACUUGGAGCAUUGCAUAGGAUUUCUCCAUUUAAGAAAAGACAGUUCUAUUUAUUCUUGGUACAGGCAAUAGAAAAUCCUGUAUGAAUAAAUAUUUAGUUUGUGAAAGCACUUUCAAAUUAUGGCAUGGUGAGGUGUUUUGGAUAAGCAAAACUUUUUUUUCAAUUAAUUUAUCCUUUUCAAUGUUUUUUGUGGUACUCCAGUGAGCAUCACCUCCCUGCCCACUGGUGAUGAUAUGGAGGAAUGGUUUGGGGAGAGUGGAAAAAGAAAAUUCCUCUUUAAAUAGACAACUUUCAGCUUACUUUUUUCUAAGACCAGUCUAUGUGCAAUGUUAGAAAAACUGUUCUCAGAGUCCUUUGCCUGUGUCACACGUAGCAAAAUUGUGUGUAUAGAAUUCAACUGAUUUUUGCCAAAUACCCUUUGAAAUGUUACCUCAACAUAAAAUAUUUGUUUUGUAAUAAAGAUAAUAAU